UUUUUUUUCAUUAUCUUUGAUCUGGAUUGUUUCCAUAUAUAAAUUAUUGUGUUUUACAAAAAAAAAAACCAAAAGUAGAGUUAUCUAGUCUUCUUUUUUCAGUUUUACUUUUCUACACCUUUUUUUCUUUUCAUUCUUUGCUUCUUUUCACUUGGAUCAGAAAUACAAAAUGUUUAUCACUUCGAAAGCGACAGCAACACACCAUCUUAUAAAAGCGUCACGAAACGCUUUCUUUCAACACAGUAAAGCCAUGGUCGGCUGCUGUGGCGCACGACGUAUUCAUAUCACACAAAAGUCAAAGAAUGCUGCAGCAUUACCACAAUCCAUUCCUCAAUCAGAUCGUGUGGCUAGUGUGACAACCACCGAAAGGACGGCUCGUCCUCUUCAUCCCCUCGUCUCUAAAAAGCCUUACUACCAACAACAACAACAAGAAAUGGAUGACUCCUUUGUUGGUAUGUCGGGUGGAGAAAUAUUUCAUGAAAUGAUGUUGAGACACAACGUAAAACAUAUCUUUGGCUACCCUGGUGGUGCUAUCUUGCCUGUGUUUGAUGCCAUCUAUGAGUCAAAAUAUUUUGAUUUUAUUCUUCCAAGACAUGAACAAGGUGCUGGGCAUAUGGCAGAAGGUUAUGCUAAAGCAACAGGUAAACCUGGUGUUGUUCUCGUUACAUCCGGUCCUGGCGCCACCAAUGUAGUAACAGCCAUGGCGGAUGCCUUGGCGGAUGGUAUUCCCUUGGUUGUCUUUUCCGGUCAAGUCAUCACGGGCGCCAUUGGUACCGAUGCUUUCCAAGAAGCUGAUGUGGUCGGUAUUACUCGUAGCUGUUCAAAAUGGAAUGUGAUGGUCAAAGACAUUGCUGAACUUCCGCGCCGUAUCAACGAAGCUUUCACGAUUGCCACCAGUGGUCGUCCUGGCCCUGUCCUUGUCGAUCUUCCCAAAGACAUCACGGCCGGUAUCCUCAGAAAGCCCAUCCCUACCCAUGCCAUGAUUCCUUCCCGACCCUCCACCCCUAUCAUCCCGAAUACAGCCGUGGGUGCUUUUGUCGAACAAGCACGAUCCAAACCUCAUCCUGUCAUCACCCGUGCCAUUGAACUCAUCAACAAAGCCAAACGUCCCGUCAUCUAUGCGGGUCAUGGUGUGCUGGGCCAUCCCGACGGUCCAGAGUUAAUGAGAGAAUUAUCGCAUCGCGCCAACAUUCCCGUCACCACCACACUGCAUGGUCUCGGCACCUACGAUGAAUUGGACCCGAAAGCCCUGCAUAUGCUCGGUAUGCACGGUUCUUGUUAUGCAAACUUGGCGAUGCAAAAUGCCGAUUUAAUCCUUGCCCUGGGCGCUCGCUUCGAUGAUCGUGUCACAGGUGAUAUCGCUCAUUUUGCACCCGAAGCUUUCAAGGCGGCGAAAGAAAACCGCGGCGGCAUUCUUCACUUUGAAAUCAUGCCCAAGAACAUCAACAAAGUGGUACAAGCGACCGAGGCCAUUGAAGGCGACGUGACAGAAAAUUUGAAAAAGAUCCUCCCUCAUAUCAAGCCCCAACGUCGAGAAGCGUGGUUAGACCAAAUCCAAGCUUGGAAAGAAGCGUACCCUUUCUACUACGACAAGACGGUCUCCGAUGACGAAACCCUCAAACCGCAACAAUUGAUCGAAGAAUUAGACAAGCAGACCCGAGACAAGAAAGAGAAAGUCACCAUUACCACGGGAGUAGGACAACAUCAAAUGUGGACAGCCCAAAUGUAUCGUUGGACGCAACCACGCUCUUUGAUCACGUCCGGCGGUCUCGGCACCAUGGGUUACGGUCUGCCCGCUGCCAUUGGUGCUAAAGUAGCGAAACCCGCCAAAGAUGAAAUCGUCAUCGAUAUUGACGGGGAUGCUUCUUUCUCCAUGACAGCGAUGGAAUUGGCCACCGCAGCUGAAUUCAACAUUGGUGUCAAAGUCCUUCUCCUCAACAACUCUUUCCAGGGCAUGGUGAAACAAUGGCAAGACCUCUUUUACAAAAACAGAUAUUCAGGCACCAUCAUGACCAAUCCUGAUUUUGUAAAGUUGGCUGAAGCCAUGGGUGUGAAAGCCAUUCGUGUGACAAAAGCCUCUGAAGUCGAAUCCAAGAUGAAGGAAUUCUUAGAAUACAAUGAAGGCCCUGUUCUCAUGGAUGCUGUCGUCUGUAAGAAGGAAGUGCUCUUCCCUAUGGUUCCCGGUGGCAAACCCUUGCACGAAUUCCUACUUCAUCCUCACGUUGCCGCACGAAAUCAACAGAAAAAAGACUAAGGCUCUUUUUUCCCCCCCCCAUUAUUUAUUGCUCUUGAAAAAAAAAAAAAAGAAAAUUUAUAAAUGUCCAUUUCCACUCCAUCACCUUUACUACACUUAUUUAUACAUAUAAUAUAUCCCUCAUUAUGCUUCUUGUGCACCUUUCCCAUCAACGACUCCUUUCCUUUCAAAAAAUGCAUCCUCACUCUUUUGCUCUCCAUUCUACAUAUUUUGAAAUAAAAAAUAAAAUAAAAAA